GGCAGCUUUGCGGUGUUUGUAUCUGGUGCCGUUGAAUAUCAACAACAAAUAUUUUCCACGUUUCAUACGCAUUUGAACCAAAAAAUAUACAUCCCACAAAUAAAAUGGCAAACUUCGUGUGCUUCGUGAUCCUUUCGUUGGCUCUGUUCGCCAGUGUUGCUGUGGCGCGGCCUGGAUAUGCUCUGGAUUAUUAUGAUCAUCCCAAAUAUGCCUUUAAUUAUGGCGUGGCGGAUCACACCACAGGAGAUGUUAAGUCACAGCACGAAACACGAGAUGGCGAUGUAGUCAAGGGACAAUACUCUCUGGUUGAGCCCGAUGGUUCCAUUCGCACAGUGGACUACACGGCGGACUCCAUUCACGGCUUCAAUGCCGUGGUGACCAAGUCGGGACCCACUGUGCACGCCCAGGCGGUGGUAGCCAAUCCCAUUGUGGCCCAUAAACCCAUUCUGGCUCACUACGAACCGCAGGUGGUGAAGCACGUGGCUCCGGUGGCACAUGCCCCACUGGUGGUUGCCUCCCCGGCGCCCUAUGUGGCCAAGCACUAUGCGCCGGCGGCAGCUGCACCCAUCCACUACGACUACGACGAUGGCUACUACAACCAGGGGCAGCAGUACGAGUACAUUCCCCAGUACGACCAGUACAACGGGCACUACGGCCACUACGCGAGUCCCUAUGCGGGCCACUACUAGGACGGACUCACUUCGUAGUUCUUUAAGCCCACUUAGCUCGUACUCCACCCCGGAAAUUCACUGCUUUCUCUCAGUGUAGCUUGCAAAGGAACUUUGAGAUCUACGCUACGCGAACGAACAAAAGGGAACAACAUCAAGGUUAAUCUUACUUAAGUUAUGUAACAAAUUUGUAAAAUAAAAAUUCGAAAAAAUGUUUAAGUGGAAAUACAA